AAGACAACGGCAAAGCGCGCAUUCAACCAGACCCCUCACACCCUGCAUUCUGAUAGCGACGUGGGGUGUUUUCAAUUCGAGAUCGAGAAAGAACGUGUGAACUGCAGACAUGUCUGGCCUCUCGAUGGUCAAUGCACUCUCAACUCUGAAGGCCCUAUAAGACGAUAGCAAAGCCUUCGUCUCUAGCUCCACGCCCUGCAAGAGUUCCAGAGCCAAGUCGCAGCCCCCGGCCAGAAGGCUUGGCUUGUCCAAGCGAGACGCCCAGCAUCAGCAUCAGCAUCAGCGGUAAUGGAUGAGCGAGGGGAGGCUGCCGGCGCAGUCCAUGGCCGCCGCGACGACUUCCGUCUCCAGCCUCUUCUCCUCGACACCGCGCGCGUGCUCAUGCUGUUGGGCGUGGCCACCAUCUUCUCUGCAGGCUUCGACAGCCCCGCCGCCAGUGCGACGCCGACGCAGGCCUUGGUUGGUCUCCUCCUCUGGCUGCUCGGCGUGUGCCUCCUCGUCCUCGUGCCAGUGGCAGCAGGACGGUUCCUGCAACUGCAAGCCGCAUUGGCCGUCGCCGCCGCCAUGGCCGUCGCCGUCCUCAAGCACCUCCUUGCUCUGUCCAACUAAAGCUCCACCAUGCAGUGCGCUGCGGGCCGGUUGGGUACACCGUGCAGUACACCUGACCUGGUCUGCUUGAAGCCGGGUACCGACUACCGAGCUCCCUCCAAUUCUAUCUGCUUAUUACUCAGUUACGCCUUGCUUUUGGUUUGGUGGGGUUUAGAGGAGAUUAAAAAAGAUGGGUGGUAUUUUAAUUAUUACCCCUACAGGUUAAAAUCCCUCUCAAUCUUUCAUAUAAAAAAAAGAGAGAUCCCUCUCAAUCCCCUUAUAGAAAGAAAAAUUAAAGAACAAACCCUCACGGGGUGCUUUGUGUGUUUUCUAUGGUAGCAAAUGUAUUAUGCUCUAUAGCCUGUACUGUAGUAUAUGCAAGGUAAGCGCUGAAGUUGUCACGAUUAAACGAAGCAAGGAUUAUCCUACCCUGCU